GCCGUUGCCUCCGCCCCCCCCUCAGCCAGUUGGGUUCGGUUUGUGAAGGAGCUUGAGCGGAACGGAGAGGGAGAGCAAUAUACACAACAGGCAGGCAGGGAGGGAGGUGCUCGGUCCGGUACUUACUGAGUUCCUAGUCUUCCAUCAUGAAUCCUGUUUACAGCCCCGUUCAACCUGGGACUCCUUACGGAAAUCCUAAAAACAUGGCUUACACAGGUUAUCCAGCAGGUUAUCCGACCACUGCUCCUGCCUAUACUGCUAAUAUGUAUGCCAGUGGCAGUCCUGGAUAUCCUCCAGCUUUAUUCAUGAUGAGGCAGAGCUGGCCACAGACAUCAACUUCUGGUGCCUCUGAGGGUACUUAUGAUCUCCCAGUCGAUGCUGGCACUGAGAGCAGAACUUUCCAAGCUUCUUCUGCAUCAUUCAGGUACACUGGAGGAACCCCUUACAAGGUAGCACCUACUCAGAGUAAUGGUGCACCUCCCCCAUAUUCUCCAUCUCCAAACCCUUACCAGACUGCCAUGUAUCCUAUUAGAAGUGCCUAUCCACAGCAGAAUCUGUAUGCCCAGCAGGGGGCCUAUUACACACAGCCUGUGUAUGCAGCCCAGCCUCAUGUAAUUCAUCAUACUACAGUGGUGCAACCCAAUAGCAUUCAACCUGCUAUCUAUCCAACUUCUGUCCCUGCUCCACGGACCAAUGGGAUGGCUAUGGGAAUGGUUGCCGGGACAACCAUGGCAAUGACAGCAGGGACUCUGCUGACCACGCCACAACACACUCAACUAGGACCACAUCCUGUUUCCGUGCCAACAUACAGGACUCAAGGAACACCUGCGUAUAGCUAUGUACCUCCACAUUGGUAAAUUCCCAAACCAAUUCAUAUCUGGAGUCAGACAUUGUAUGCAACUACUCAAGUCUUACGUUGGUGCUUGUGCAUUGAAGCCACAUGGCACCGAAUCUGUUUGCAAGAACAAAGUGCAAAGGUCACUUUAUGCAUCAUUUAGUGUUUUUAUUUUGUAAAAGCUGCUUUUUCUCCAAAUUUCUGCCUCAUUUAAGGUCUUUUCCAUCAUAGCUACUCAAAAUUGUUUCAGACCAAUGUGUUAUCACUAGCAAGGCUGUGGCCAAAAAGGCCUCUUCCAUGGUGAGAAUACAUGUCACUCUUUUUAAAAAAAAAAUAAAAAAAAAAUUGCAUGUUUCACCAUUUCUAUUACUGAGAUCUUAAGAUCCAUACUGAAAUUUAAAUAAUGAGCCCAAUUUGAACAUGAUGCAUCAAAUGUCAAGGAAGGGAAAUACAUUCUUCAGUAUUAAAGAGAACAGUGACUAUGUCUCUUUAAUCUGAUAUGUUGGUGUUCUUGCACGUUCUGAUCUUGCAUUUUAACAACCAUAAAACAUGCAGUUUGGACAUCAGCCUUUCUAGUUACAUGUAAGCGUUAUCAGAAUUAACACUCACCACUGAAAUGGCCUUUAAUCUUUUUUGUUUUUGACGAUAGAAUUCAGGAAAGCUUUGAGGGUUUAAAGGGAUAUAGAAUUAAUGGAGCACUCCACUCGAUGCUACAGUGCAGUGAAUUCUUAGGAUGACUUAAUUAAUUCAGCAUUAUUUGUUUGAGUUGUUUGGCUGGAAUCUCUGUUCAAGAUAGUGAUUGGUUGAGCACCAUUUCUCCCCACCACCAAUCCUUUACAACUAUUAAAUCAGCAUUGUGUUCUUUUAAAUACUAAAUACAGGUUGCACUGUACUAGAAAUGUGUUAGCAUUGGCUUUCUUUAGUUAUCUGUCAGAUCUGCCUCAAAAUUUGGAUUCACAAAACAAAGCUUCUCCAUGAGCCUGUAAAAUCUUGCUGCAUUAUGAUAAAAUUGAGCUCCUUGGAAUUUUUAAAUAUUUUGUUUUGCAGUAUCUCAAGAUAAUUUGGUUGUCAGUUUGUGUUAUCAGCUGACAUUACAAUUUUUUGAAAGCAGGUAAAAAUACAUCAUUUAAAUAUUGUAUAAUUUUAAACAGUCGUAAAAUUACAGAAAUUCAUGCAGAGUUUUACUAUCCUUGUCUUAAUGAAGGGACCUGGGUAGAAGAAUGCUGCAGCUUUAAAACGCUGAAAGUCUUAGUCGACAGGAAUUUGUGGGACAGUAUCAUCCACAUAGAAUGGGAACAGUGUGCUUAAAUUUUUGAAAGGGGAGUGAAUAUUUGUGUCCAGCGAGAUCUUUCUGCCCUGUAUAGUAAAGUUUUUGGAAAUGAAUGUAUUUGACUGGAAAGCACUGACAAGGGUAUGAGGUAAAGCAAAUUGAGAUUUAGGAAGCAUAUAUUUUCCUUCAAUUUAGAAAUGGCCACAUAUCAGAAUUCUGUUAAAAUACAGAAGCUAGGUUAUGUUGCACAAUACAUAUAUAAAAAUAAUCUAUGCUACUAAACAGGUACAAAACUUUAUACAUGAGUAUAUAUAUAAAUAUAUAUAACACACCCAUAUUGUGUUUGUGGUUAGCUUAAUAGACUGAUUUUUGAGAAACAAGCUGUAUGAGACCUAGAUUUUAAUUAGAAAUGUAAUCAAAUAUAUUAAACUCAAACAGUCUGCUCUUGCAGAAAUUUUUAUGUUCAGAUCACAUAAUUGAAAGAGAAAUUUAGUGGUUAAUUUCCAAAAAUAAUUGUGGAUGCAUUAUAUGCACCCACUGCAAUCUCAACCUAACAGAUCUUAGUUGUAUGGAGCAGCAUUCUGCUAAAUGUAAAGGUAUGAAAGAGUAUAUUCUGCAAUAUCAAAUACUUUUCCACUGCAAGUGUUUUAAGAUGGUCAUCUACGGAUAUAUUUGUUUACAUUUGUAGGCAAUUGGGUAUAUCUGCUGCAUUCUCAGAUGAGAUAUGCCUCUUCAACGAGAUUAUUGCAAAAGAUGGGAUUUUAUAGCUUAGUGCUUCUAAUUACCAGUUUGAAAGCUGGUUUAAAGUAUGCUGAGACAUCAGAUUCAUUUACUUCACAGCUAAAGUUACAUUUUUGAGCCACAUUCCAUUUGAAAAUUUGAGCUCACUAAUCCAUUUUUUCAGGGUUGAAUUGGAUUUUUAAUCCAGAUUGUUAUUUGCCAGAACAAACACUUUUUGGCCCAUUAUUUAAACUUGCUAUAUUGUUCAAAUUUUAGGUAUAGACCCUUUAAAGGUUUUAUGGCAUGGAUUAAAUCAAAUAGCUAAUUUAUUAGUAGAUAACUCUUCUGUUCACUGGGCUUUACUGACCAUUCUCUUCAGAAAAUGCACCUUGGGUUGAGUGUUCAGUUUUCCAUUAGUAUGUUGAUACAGAUUUCAUUCUGGUUAUUUAGACAUUAUGCUUCACAAUUUACAGAAUGAAGUACAAAUUGGUAGACAAGUACUCAUGUCCCACCAAAAUGGGAAGGGGUAAGUUUUAUGGUUCUUAACUUGAACACUGUAGAACUGUUUGAGAAACAGUCCAACUCAAUAGAGAGCGGGGAAGAUGCCAAGCAGUGGAUAUGCAGAAAUUCUGUUGUUGCAAAUUGAUAGGAAACAGGAAUACAGCAGUCUUAAAUUGAAACUGGUGAGCUAUAAAGUAGAGAAUUGGCAAGUACAGAUGUCUAAACAUUCUCUACUAUUCAACCUUGAAACUAGAAGAAAUAUCACUGCAGGAUCCCAUCGUUUCAGUGAUUAUUAUGGAAGGAAAGCAGUUCUGAACAAAGCCACUAUUGAUACAAUUCAUUGUUUUGUAGCUUUUUACAGUGAAAUUUUAUUUCGGCUCAAUGAGAAAUCAUGAGUACAUCAUCACAGCCUAAUAAGACUUUCAUAUUACUGCACUUAAUAUCAGAUUUUUGCAGGGCAUUAAUAAUAGGAGAAACACUUCAGCAUCAGGUUUGGUACAAAGUAUACUGUGCAAAGAGGCUGUGGUAUAGUGGUAAUUGUUUUCACAUUGAAUCCCCCGCUAUUAGUUUGAUAUAAAUUGAACUGACAAAUGGGAACUAUUAGCUGGUCCCGUUGAUUUAUCUGGUUUUAAGGGUGUGAGAAGUUGUAAUUCUUCAAGGAAGUUCUGUUUGUGUCUAGAAUCACAAAAUAUAAUCUCCCAGUUGAUUGCACCAGUCUGAUUUCUGACUGCCCUUCAUGUUGCUGAUAUGUUUGUAAGUGAAGUUGCUUUAAUUAAAUUGAUCCAUUAACUGGGGAAAAAUAUUUCGGCCAUAUUUUAUUAGGCCAGGUUCAGAUUUAGCACAAAUUAACUAAACAUGUUAAGAAAAUGCAUAUACAAUGGAACACUUAAGAAACAUUCCAAUACAAUUUGAUUUUAUUUGAUGGAACUUUAUUUUUUUUGUCAAUAGUCUCAUUGAGAUUCCCUUUAUGUAGGUGUACAUUGCUAAGUUUUCUUCUGUUUGUAAAUCUACUUGAUUUCACAUGUGAAGAAAUCAAGUAUGAUUUGCUUUUUCCUACACCAAUAUGCUUCUAUCACUGAGUCAUCAUAGGGUUUGUCACUACUGCGGAAAAAAUAGGUUAAAGUUUUGAACAAGAUUACAGUGCCUAACUUUCUCAAAUAGCUGUGAUGCCACUACAUAGGGAGCAGUGGUAUAGAUUUAGGAGCUUGAGUGCUUUACUCUGCAGCAAACCUUUGUUUUUUAAAACUUACCCUACAAUAAUUAACACGAGACUGGAUACCAGAACUAAAAUGUACAUUAUCAGCACUAAUUACCUUGACGGCCAGAAAAAUUCAUCUUUCUUUUCAAAAACUAACUAUUGGUGAUAUGCUUUAUAUGGGAAUUAUUGAAACUGAUUAAAUACUAGCCUUUCACGACUGCUAAAAAUAAAUAUAACUGGUUGAUUUUAGGCAACGUUACUGCUGGUCAUCAGAACGCUUUACUCAAAGAUUCACCAUUUGUCAGAUCAGUAUUUUAUCAAAAAGCUGCCUAGAUGUUUUGCUGUUGUCCACAGAUAAGCUGAUCAUCUCAUCACAGAUCACAAACUUUGGUUCUGAUUUUGAUAAAAGUCUGCACUCUCAUUCCUAUUUCCUCCAUGACUGUUAAAUCAGAUGUUCUAUUAAAUAUAAAAUGCUUACUUAGCUGUCACUAACGUGUAAGAUAGCCAUUACAACAUAAAAUUGUGUACAAAAAAAAGUUGGCGCUAUACUUCUUGUGACAAUGAAACAUGGCAGAUCACAAUUGUUUUCAAAUUGUUACAGCUGGUAACAGUGAUGCUUGUGGUGUAGUGGUAGUGUCCCUAUCUCUGAGCCAGAAUGCUUGAGUUCAAGUCCCACCUACUUCAGAGAUGUGAAAUAACAUCUCUGAACAGGUUGAUUAGAAAAUAUAACUUCGCCUUUAUUGCACUCUCAGCUUAUAUUCUUUUCAAAUGUGGAUUUCCUUUGAUUUUGCAAAAAGAACAAAAUAUCUUGUUUGUCUACUAAAUGGAAUUAACAAAUAUGUAUUGGAAGUAUCCCUAACAACUUUCCUGCUAAAUUGUUCUUAUUGGGCAGACUUGCUUUUGCAAGUAUUUGAUAUGCUGCAGAGUAUGUUAACAGUUGAACCUACACCAAUGUUGCCAUUCAUGUAUAUUUUCCUUUUUGUUCCCACUUACAAGCUCAUGAGCUAAAUCAGAUUUCUAAAUUUUUAAACUUUUGCCAUAAGUUUGAAAAGAAAAAUUGAUGCCCAAAUUUCAACAUGUUUGCAUUUUAAUUGGACUGAGACUUUUCUUACUGAAUAAUCAUGCAAAUUUUUUAAAUUAGCAUGAUGUUUCAAAUACUUCAGAAUUAACAUUGGAAACUUAAAUUCAGUUGAACUGUGGAAGUUAUAAACUGUUCUUUUAAUGUUAAAUGGCUAAUUGGAUGUUGCCAGAUGACUUGUGUAUUUAAGGUUAGCUCUAUUGUUCUGGACUGCUUAGCUCAUAACCAGUGUGCAACUAUAUGCCACAAGGGAAAAAAGCAUACCAAGUAACCAGGAUACUUGUUCAACAUAACCAGGUUUACCAGUUCAGUUAUGAUUAUACAAGACCUUUUAACAGAUUUUUGUACAUCUUUGCUAGAUUAAAAAGUACUGUAAUGCAAGACUUGAACAAUGCAUAUUAAUAGUUGUACUGGCCCAAUUCAAUGUCAUAAGUACUUCAGAAUAUCAGAUUUGAAUAGGAGAAAUUAAACAGUGUGUACGAGUGUUGCUCCUGUAUUUUAAAGAAAGAUAACCUAGGAAACCUUUGCAGUUCAGAUAUGUAAUUUAAGCGCUUUUUACCAUAAGUGUUAUUUAAGUUGUUUAAUGAUUGAUGUUUAUUAUUCUUAAUAGAAAAAAAAACUUUAUGGUUUAACUGAAGUUGGAUGCUUCUUUGAGCUACAGGGAGCAUUUCAGAACACAAGUCUGUGGGCUUUCCUUUUACUGUAUUUCAAUUACAGUUUUGAACUUCCUUAUUUUGAAUUCUAUUGGAACACUAAUAAAGCAAGAAGAGAAUUAUGGAAAUGUCAUUGUCUUCCAAGCAUAGUUCAUAGAACGCAAGUGUUUUAAUAACGCAGAUUAGAAGUUACUUAUGGAACCUGAAAGACCCACAGUUUACACUUGUGACUAUGAAGUGUAAUUCUGUUUUUUUUUAUUUUGUUUUUUGGAAAAGAUCAGUUAGUGAUCUAAGUGACAGAAUUAAGCCAAGAGUUUGUAAUUGUAUAUUUACUGUAAGAUGUAGAACAUUCAAUAACAAUUAAAAUGUUUACACAAAAA